AUGGGACACCGGUGGCACCGCCAGCCCCCCGCCGCCAGCCCCGAGCGCAGCCCGGGGAAGGGAGCAGGCGGCACGGCGCUGCCCGCGGCCCCGCUCCUUCUGCUCCUCCUCGUCCUCCUCGCUUCCUCCAUCUCUGCUUGCAAAGGUGCACCAAUGCCAUCCCAAGUGCUCGAUUCAGAUGAGGAUUUGCAGCUCUUGAAAGAGAUAGAUGAUGCAUGUUCUGCUUACCUGUCCACAGAUGCUCAGCCUCAGGUGUCCACUACACUGGAAGAACUUUGUUUUUUGGUCAUGGGAUUCCUCCAGAAACCACAGGGUUUAGAUGAGAAAGCCAACACCAAAAGGUUUUUAUUUCAUUAUUCUAAGACUCAUGACUCGGGAAACUCAGACAUCAUGUCGUCUGUCCUGCAUCCUUUACUGCAACUCGUUCCUCAGCUUAAUGAGAGAAGACUGAAGAGAUACAAACUGGACGAAGAACUUCAAGGACCAGGAAUGAUUCAAAGCAGAGGCUAUUUUUUCUACAGGCCACGUAAUGGAAGGAGAUCAGUGGAUUUUCGCUAAGGAGG